AUUUCUCGAGUUCGCCGCAGUCGGUCGGCCAGCCGCUUCCCGGGUCUUUGCCAAGUGGGUUUAUGAGGUCUGAGGCGUGUUGGGGCGCGCUCGCAUUCUCGCAAAAGGCUCCUCCCCAGGGCUCAUUCCCCGACUGCGGGCAGCCCUUUGGUGCCCCAGGAGCCUUGGGUUUCCUCUGACCUCGGCGCUUCCUCCUCCCUCCCCACCGCCUGGUUCCGUGCGACCCUGCCCCCGGGGAAGGGCGGCCCCCAUCUUAGGACUUCCGACCCAAGCCAACCCAGAAGGUACCUUCACGUCGAGGAAGAUUUUUAUCACAGCCUCCAAAACCCAGCGGUAAUAGGGGCUUUCAACCUGAAAUACGGUUGUUAUUUUCCCGGUGCAGGGCUUGACAGAGAAAGUCAGCUUUUUAUUAAAGACAAAGAGGUAAAUUAUCAGCUGGGGCACUGAAGGGACGGCGGAGACCUGGCGCGCUUCCUCUCGUUGCCACGAGGAAUUUUGUGGGGGAGCGGCAGCCGGCGCUCAGACACCCCUGGGGUCCCGGGGGAGGAGCUCGGGGCAGGAGGACUUCCCCCGGUCCCUCCGGGCACCUGGAAGGGGGAGUUCUCCCAGUUCUGCACAAAGCCAGGGGCAUUUCACUUGUGAGCAAGCCUUACCGUCCUCCUCUCUCCUUUCUUCUUUCUCUUCUCUUUCUUUGACUCCCGUCUCCCUUUCGCCUCUGUGCUUUCUCCUCCUUGUUCUCCUCUCCCUACUUUUUCUCUUCCCUCUCCUCGCCCUCCCCCCCCUUCCCCACCGCACGCGUAGAGUGUCAUUUAUUUAUUUAUUUAUCACCCCCGCCAUCAACACCCUUUUAGGGCUCCCAAGCUUUUCAAUGUGAGUGGGAGGAGAAAAGGGCAGGAAGUGUUGACUGCAAGGGGGUGAAAUCGUGCCUCUCGGUGAUAGAUUCUGCCCCGGAAUAAACGAUUGGGAAAAAUCUUGGAAAAUGAGGAUUCGGAUCUGUUUAUGAAAGCCCGCUAUCCGAUGGGAACCAACUCCGCGCGCGUCUCCUCCUCCCCUUUAUUGUAUGGGUUUAUGGGUAUAUCUUCCCGGACUGUUGUUUGGGGGGGGGGGGAGUAUUAAAGAGGACGAUCUGAUCUGGAUCUUCUACACCGCGCCUUCUCCACCGGAUGCGCGCCCCCCAAUGCAAAGGAAUCCAGCAACAUCCCCCAAUUCAGACGCGGACAAAAGAAACUUUAAUUAAGGUCUUUGCCCCGCGCGCUGUGUUUCUCUCUCCCGAUGCUGGUGAUGUCCAACUCGAGGAUGCGAGAAAUAGAAAUGAUACAACCAGCCCGUGCCCUUGAACUCCAAUUGCUCCUGACUUGCUGUAUUGAUUUUUCUUUUUUAUAGUGUAGGCAUUCCCCCCCCCCCAUCAAAUUAAAGCCUUAGGAGACAUUCGACCUGGUGAGGGGUGAGGGGGGAACCCAUUCCUUUGCAAAAGAGAUAGUUCAGAACCAUUUGGGGGGAAAUUACACUAAAUAAAAAUUCAAGGUGUGAAAGCCUCAUCUUGGUUCUCUUGUCUUCAACACCAUGACACCUUAUCAUUAGAAGCGCUGAUUGUUACUUUCCGAGACUUUAGAUGAUCAGCCAGAAAGUGCAAACAACGCGGGGCUGGAGGUGUAAAGUUAUUUAAGUAGGCUUUUUUUUUUUCCCCCCUUUUGGUGCUCCGUCAAAACAUUUCACAAGUUAGGAAAAUAAAGUGGUUGUUCCGAAGCUCGGAAUGAUGGGUUCCUUCCCUCCCCCCAACCCCCGUUUCCAUAUCAGAAAAGAAAUAAAAUUCACAAUGAGCCUUUAUUUCGGGGGAGAAGACUUCAAAAUACGUGCCAGUAAUGGACAAUUUGAGCUUUUCACUGGAGAUACUCACACCGCAAGCUGGAAAGGGAUUAAAAAGCCCCACGUGGUUGAUCUGGGUUUAGACUUGCAACCUCUAGUUCCCCAUGUAUGUUCUUUGCAAAGAUUGGCCUCUAGAUGGAUGCGUGUGAGGGACUCUCUGGGGCCGGGGCUCGGCGCCUCGGGCUGGGCUGAUGGUGGGAGAGCUAUGAGCCGCGGGGCAGGGUCCUCACUGGGGGCUUCCUCUGCCGGCCGAGGCGGCCGGGCGCCUCCGGGACGCGAGCGCGCACGCCUCAGCCCGGCCGCCGCGCUCCUCGCACCGCCUUCUCCGCAGGUCUUUAUUCAUCUCAUCUCCCUCUUCCCCUUCUCCUCCUCCUUUGCCUCCUUCUCCUCCUCUUCCUCCUCCUCCUCCUCCACCACCACCACCACCACCACCUCCUCCUCCGCCACCGCCACCUCCUCCUCGUGCAUCUCACUGGCCUGGCUCUGUGUUGCUCAGAGUGACAAAGACAAUGUCCCAGCCUUAACUUUGCAACCACCUUGCCUCCUUCUGGGGUUCAGCCGGGGGGAGGGGGGACAGCAGCCGCAGCCUCAGCAUCUCCUCCAGCUUCUCCUUCUGCUCUUCUUCAGCUCUUGGAUAAUUCUCCCCUUCCCCCCCCCCAGCCCUUUUCUCAUUUCUUUCUUUCUUUCUUUUUUCUUCCUGUCUCCUGCACGUUGUUGUUGUUAUUAGAAAGGCUUCGCGCACCCCCUGGUGCUCCGGCGUUUUGUGUGGCAGGAGAAGAUUGUCUUCCUUCUCUCUUUCUGUCUUGCUUUCUCUCUCCCUCUGGUUGCUCAUUAUUCAGAGAGAGACACAGAGGGAGGGAGAGAGAGAGCGCGCGAGGGAGAGGGAGGAGAGGAGAGAGAAGAGGAGAGAGAGGGGAGAGAGAGAGUGAGAGGGAGAGGGAGGGAGGGAGAGAGAGGGAGAGGGAGAGAGAGAGACGGAUAUCUCAGGUCAUCUGCAGCUGCAGCGAGUCUGAGGAGCCGAGGAAGGCAGGGAAGAUGGCGAUCCUCCAUUGCUGAGACCCGGCAGAAGCACAUGAGACUCCCAAACAACUUCCACAACAAUAACCCGAGCAGGAAGAGGAGAAAGAGAAAGAGGAUAAGGAGGCGGUGGGGCUGGAGAACCCGAAACACCUCCCGGCGCCGGGACGCUUCUUCUGUUCCUAAUGUGAGAAGGUAGGCCCAGAUCAUGGAGGUGCUACAGUGUGAUGGCUGUGACUUCAGAGCCCCAUCUUACGAAGAUCUCAAGGCGCACAUUCAGGAUGUCCACACGGCAUUUCUGCAGCCAACUGAUGUUGCUGAAGACAAUGCUAAUGAGCCACGAUCCGGGUCCAUGAAUGCCAGUAAUCAGACAGAAGUGGAGUAUUCUUCUAUAAAGGACGAAUUUGUGAUCGCAGAGGAUUUAUCAGGUCAAAAUGCAACUGCAUUGGGGACCGGAAGCUACUAUGGCCACAGUCCAGGAUAUUACGGUCAGCAUAUUGCCCCUAAUCCCAAACCAACAAACAAGUUUUUUCAAUGCAAGUUCUGCGUACGCUACUUCAGGUCGAAAAACCUCCUCAUCGAACACACAAGGAAGGUCCACGGAGCUCAAGCUGAAGGGAGUUCGGCGGGCCCCCCUGUUCCAGGAUCCUUAAAUUAUAAUAUCAUGAUGCACGAGGGAUUUGGAAAGGUCUUCUCUUGCCAGUUUUGCACAUACAAGUCACCUAGGAGGGCGAGAAUAAUUAAGCAUCAGAAGAUGUAUCACAAGAACAAUUUGAAGGAGACCACUGCUCCCCUCCCUGCCCCUGCUCCGAUACCAGACCCCGUGGUCCCACCUGUGUCCCUGCAGGACCCCUGCAAGGAACUGCCAGCAGAGGUUGUGGAGCGCAGCAUCCUAGAGUCCAUGGUCAAGCCUUUGACCAAGUCUCGAGGCAACUUUUGCUGUGAGUGGUGCAGCUACCAGACCCCCCGCCGAGAACGCUGGUGUGACCACAUGAUGAAGAAGCAUCGAAGCAUGGUCAAGAUCCUUUCCAGCCUCCGACAGCAGCAAGAAGGGACUAACCUCCCUGACGUGCAGAACAAAAACGCCCCCAGCCCCACUUCCAAUUCCACCUAUCUGUCCAUGAAUGCUGCAAGCCGGGAGCUGCCCAGCGCUAAUGUCUCCAACUUCCGGGGCUCCAUCAGUAACUCCAUCAUGAGACCCAAUUCUUCAUCUGCUUCCAAGUUUCCGCCCGUGUCUUACCCUCAGAUGAAGCCGAAGUCCCCUCACAACUCUGGCCUCGUUAACUUGGCGGAGAGAUCGCGUUAUGGAAUGGCUGACAUGACCAAUUCCUCCGCUGACCUGGAGACUAACAGCAUGCUGAAUGACUCCAGUUCUGAUGAAGAGCUGAAUGAGCUAGACAGCGAGAAUGGCUUGAAUGCUAUGGAUCACCAGACAUCGGGCUUGUCUGCAGAGCAGCUGAUGGGCUCGGACGGCAACAAGUUGCUGGAGACCAAGGGCAUUCCGUUUAGAAGGUUCAUGAAUAGGUUCCAGUGCCCCUUUUGUCCUUUCCUCACUAUGCAUCGACGUAGCAUCUCCCGCCACAUAGAAAACAUCCACUUGUCCGGAAAGACCGCCGUCUACAAAUGUGACGAAUGUCCGUUUACUUGCAAGAGCUCGUUAAAGCUCGGGGCUCACAAACAGUGUCACACGGGUACGGCGUCAGAUUGGGAUGCUGUGAAUUCCCAGAGCGAAAGCCUCGCUUCUCCACUGACCGAAGGGGUCGUGUCUUACGAGGGCUCAAGCAUCAACGGCAGAAAGUCAGGAGUCCUGCUGGAUCCCUUGCAGCAGCAACAGCCCCCGCCGCCGCCGCCCCCGCCGCCGCCCCCGCCACCUCCGUCUCAGCCGCCGCAGCUACAGCCCCCCCACCAGGUGCCACCCCAGCCGCAGCCCCAGCCCCCGCCGACGCAGCAGCCCCCGCCGCCCGUGCAGGCCCCGCCCCCGCACCCUUACAAAUGCACCAUGUGUAAUUACUCCACCACGACUCUGAAAGGGCUACGGGUCCAUCAGCAGCACAAACACUCGUUCUGCGACAACUUGCCAAAAUUCGAGGGGCAGACCUCAAGCCUGCCGUUGGAGAGUGAGACGGACAGCCACCCCUCUUCCAGCAACACUGUGAAGAAAAGUCAGACCUCAAUUCUUGGGUUGUCCUCCAAGAACAAUUUUGUAGCCAAGGCCUCCAGGAAGCUCGCUAACGACUUUCCCCUAGAUUUAUCGCCCGUGAAGAAGAGAACGAGGAUCGACGAGAUAGCAAGCAACCUGCAGAGCAAAAUCAACCAAACAAAACAGCAGGAGGACGCGGUGAUCAAUGUGGAGGACGACGAGGAGGAAGAGGAAGACAACGAAGUGGAGAUAGAGGUUGAGUUGGACAGGGAGGAAGAGCCGACGGAGCCGGUCAUGGAGGUGUCCACGUCCUUCUCGGCCCAACAGAUUUGGGCGAGAGACGCCGGGGAGCCCCAGAAGGAGCCCAGCUUCAGAAGCGUCGCCCACGACUACAAUGCCACCAACGGGGCUGAGAUUGAGCUCACCCUUUCUGAAGACGAAGAGGACUAUUACGGCUCCUCGACAAACCUGAAAGAGCACCAGGUUUCCAGUGCCGCUCUGCUGAACACCCAGACUCCCAUCUAUGGAACAGAGCACAAUAACGAGAGCACAGACUUUGGUGACUCCGGAAGGCUUUACUAUUGCAAACACUGUGACUUUAACAACAAAUCUGCCCGGAGUGUCAGCACCCACUACCAGCGGAUGCACCCAUACAUCAAGUUCAGCUUUAGGUACAUCUUGGACCCCAACGAUCACAGUGCCGUAUACAGGUGCCUGGAAUGCUACAUCGACUACACCAACUUUGAAGACCUGCAGCAGCAUUAUGGCGAACACCACCCGGAAGCCAUGAACGUACUCAACUUUGACCAUUCGGACCUGAUCUACCGGUGUCGGUUUUGUUCCUACACGAGCCCGAACGUCCGAAGCCUGAUGCCACAUUACCAAAGAAUGCAUCCCACGGUCAAGAUUAACAACGCAAUGAUAUUCUCCAGCUAUGUCGUGGAGCAGCAGGAAGGGCUGAAUACGGAAUCCCAGACACUGAGGGAGAUUCUGAAUUCGGCCCCCAAGAGCAUGGCGACUUCCACUCCCGUGGCUCGCGGGGGCGGUCUGCCAGCUACGUUUAAUAAAAACACUCCUUCGAAGACCUUUACUCCAGAAUGUGAAAAUCAGAAGGACCCCUCGGUUAACACUGUCGUCGUUUACGAUUGUGACGUUUGCUCGUUCGCAAGCCCCAACAUGCAUUCUGUCUUGGUUCAUUAUCAGAAGAAACACCCGGAAGAAAAGGCUUCCUACUUUAGGAUCCAGAAAACCAUGCGAAUGGUGUCUGUGGACAGGGGCUCUGCCCUUUCUCAAUUAUCAUUUGAGGUGGGUGCUCCAAUGUCUCCCAAAAUGUCCAACAUGGGUUCCCCACCCCCCCCACAACCCCCGCCACCAGACCUCAGUACUGAGCUUUACUACUGCAAACACUGUUCCUACAGCAAUCGGUCAGUUGUGGGAGUGCUUGUCCACUACCAGAAAAGACACCCAGAAAUAAAGGUCACUGCCAAAUAUAUCAGACAGGCUCCUCCCACAGCUGCAAUGAUGAGAGGGUCCGAGGGGCCCCAAGGCUCCCCUCGGCCACCCGCCCCCAUGCAACAGCUGAACCGUGGCAGCUCUGAGCGAGACGGCCCUCCUGUGGAGAAUGAGAUGUUCUUUUGCCAGCACUGUGAUUAUGGGAACCGGACGGUCAAAGGUGUCCUCAUUCACUAUCAGAAGAAGCACCGGGACUUCAAGGCCAAUGCAGAUGUGAUCCGGCAGCACACGGCCACCAUCCGAAGCCUCUGUGACCGGAACCAGAGGAAGCCUGCCGGCUGUGUGCUCGUCGCCCCCUCCAGCGUGGAGCGGGACAAAGCUACACUGCGAGCGCUCAAGUGCAGGCAGUGCUCAUAUACCUCCCCCUACUUCUAUGCACUGAGGAAGCAUAUCAAGAAAGACCACCCUGCCCUGAAGGCCACGGUCACGUCCAUCAUGCGGUGGGCGUUUCUCGAUGGCUUGAUAGAAGCUGGCUACCACUGCGAGUGGUGCAUCUACUCCCACACAGAGCCCAACGGUCUGCUCCUGCAUUACCAAAGGAGGCACCCAGAGCAUUACGUCGACUACACUUACAUGGCCACCAAACUCUGGGCUGGGCCGGACCCGUCCCCUCCCUCUCUGACGAUGCCCGCGGAAGCGAAGACGUACAGAUGCAGAGACUGUGUCUUUGAAGCCGUGUCCAUCUGGGACAUCACCAAUCACUACCAGGCCUUUCACCCCUGGGCCAUGAACGGUGAUGAGUCGGUGCUGCUGGAUAUCAUCAAGGAGAAAGACGCCAUUGAGAAUCCCCUCCCCCACUCCGCCGAAGAGCUGGUGGGUCCUGCGAACCGUGAAAACAGUUUGCCCCCGCCGCUCCCCGAGCAGGACGCCGAGUGCCCGGACGACGCGAGGCUUUCCCCAGAGAAAAGCAUGCAGCUGGCUUCGGCCAACCCGGCCAUAUCGUCCACCCCGUACCAGUGCACUGUGUGCCAGUCUGAGUAUAACAACCUGCACGGCCUCCUCACGCACUACGGGAAGAAGCACCCCGGCAUGAAGGUGAAGGCGGCCGACUUCGCCCAGGACAUCGACAUUAACCCAGGCGCCGUCUACAAAUGCCGGCAUUGCCCAUACAUCAACACCCGCAUCCACGGCGUCCUGACCCACUACCAGAAGCGACACCCGGCCAUCAAGGUGACCGCCGAGGACUUUGUGCACGACGUGGAGCAGCCGGCCGACAUGGCGCAGAACGACGUGGAGGAGACGAGCAGGAUCUUCAAGCAAGGCUACGGCGCCUACCGUUGCAAACUGUGUCCGUACACGCACGGCACUCUGGAGAAGCUCAAAAUCCACUACGAGAAGUAUCACAAUCAGCCCGAAUUCGAUGUCUUUUCCCCGUCGCCCCCGAAGCUGCCGGUCUCCCUCGAGCCCGAGGUGGCCACGGACGGGAGCCCCUCCCAGGUCUCCGUUACCGAGGAGGAGGUGGGAGAGGAGCCCGUGUCCACGUCUCACUUCUCUACCUCGCACCUGGUCUCCCACACGGUGUUCCGGUGCCAGCUGUGCAAGUACUUCUGCUCCACGCGGAAGGGCAUCGCCAGGCACUACCGCAUCAAGCACAACAACGUGCGCGCCCAGCCGGAGGGCAAGAACAACCUCUUCAAGUGCGCCCUGUGCGCCUACACCAACCCCAUCCGCAAAGGGCUGGCGGCCCACUACCAGAAGCGCCACGACAUUGACGCCUACUACACACACUGCCUGGCCGCCUCCCGGACCAUCAGCGACAAGCCCAACAAGGUGAUCAUCCCGUCCCCGCCCAAGGACGACUCCCCGCAGCUCAGCGAGGAGCUCCGGCGGGCCGUCGAGAAGAAGAAGUGCUCGCUGUGCUCCUUCCAGUCCUUCAGCAAGAAGGGCAUCGUGUCCCACUACAUGAAGCGCCACCCGGGGGUGUUCCCGAAGAAGCAGCACGCCAGCAAGCUGGGCGGCUACUUCACGGCCGUCUACGCGGACGAGCACGAGAAGCCAGUGCUGAUGGAAGAGGAGGAGAGAGGCAGCUUCGAGAAAGCCGCCGAGGUGGAGGGAAGCGAAGCCCCGGAGAUGGAGUGGCUCCCGUUCCACUGCAUCAAGUGCUUCAAGCUGUCCUUCAGCACGGCCGAGCUGCUGUGCAUGCACUACACUGACCACCACAGCCGGGACCUGAAGAGGGACUUCGUCAUCCUGGGCGGCGGCCCCCGCUUGCCGAACCCCGCCUACCAGUGUAAGCACUGUGAUAGCAAACUGCAAAGCACGGCGGAGCUGACCUCACACUUGAACAUUCACAAUGAGGAAUUCCAGAAGCGUGCCAAACGUCAGGAGAGGAGGAAACAGCUUUUGAGCAAGCAGAAAUAUGCAGAUGGUGCUUUUGCAGAUUUCAAACAAGAGAGGCCUUUUGGUCACUUAGAAGAGGUGCCAAAGAUCAAGGAGAGGAAGGUGGUGGGCUACAAGUGUAAAUUCUGUGUGGAAGUGCACCCGACGCUCCGAGCCAUCUGCAACCACCUCCGAAAGCACGUCCAGUACGGCAGCGUCCCGGCGGUGUCCGCCGCCGUGAAGCAGGAGGCUGAAGACCCUUCCCACUUGUUCCUGGAUGGACUGGAAGCAGCCAAAGAUGCCAGUGGCGCCCUGGUGGACCGGGUGGAUGGUGAACACUGCUUGCUUGAUGGAAUGUUGGAGGAUGAAACCCGGCCGGGGGGAUACCAUUGUAGUCAAUGUGACAGAGUCCUGAUGUCCAUGCAGGGGCUGCGUUCUCAUGAGAGGAGCCAUCUGGCCCUGGCCAUGUUUACCCGCGAGGACAAGUACGGCUGCCAGUAUUGCUCCUUUGUUUCUGCUUUCAGGCACAACUUGGAUCGCCAUAUGCAAACCCACCAUGGACACCAUAAACCAUUCCGGUGCAAACUCUGCUCCUUCAAGUCCUCCUAUAACAGCCGGCUGAAAACACAUAUACUCAAGGCUCACGCUGGUGAACAUGCCUACAAGUGUUCUUGGUGCUCCUUUUCCACCAUGACAAUCAGCCAGUUGAAGGAACACUCCCUCAAGGUCCACGGAAAAGCCCUGACCCUCCCUAGGCCACGGAUUGUCAGUCUGCUCUCCUCACACGCUCACCACUCCUCCCAGAAAACUACCCCAGCCGAAGAAGUGGAAGACUCUAAUGGUCAUGGUGAAGAUCAGCAAGAGACCUCGUAAGAAGCCCUUGACACAGGUGCUAGCCCAAGAGCUGGUGGAGACAAUAGAAGGUGACCCUGGAUCUCACCACCUGUCCCUCUGCCUUCUUGGAGGCUUCCACUCGACACCUGAGCCCAGCCCCACUGAGCAGGCGAGUUUAGAGCAGGCAGAAGACCUGUCUGUCCGAAGGGAAGAACCUACUGCUUUAAUGGUGAUUAAAAAACGUAGCUUAACCCAGAGCCAGGAUUUUCUUCCACAGCAUCAGAAUAGGGAAAAAGAAAAGGAACAAUGGUAAGAAACCCACCGGGUUUGUUGGUUUAGGAGACUCCCACUGCUGGGCAACGGUUUUAGAAAAACUCUGUGCUUUGAAGUGUGGCUUCUUGUUCUAUUCUUGAUAAACCAUUGCCUUUCUCACCUGAUUUCCAUAUCAUCACUUAGAGCUCUACACGUAUCUAAAUAUAUAUGCUUAUACUCAGAUGUGUUCUUUUCUCCUGGUUAUCUAAUCUUUGAAGAAAUCGCUACAGUUGUUUCCUGCCCGGGCUGACUGCACUGUUCCUAGCAAGCCGUCCAUUGUGACCAACUCCUUGAAGUCAGUAGGCAUCUUCCCUCCAGUCAGGUCUUGAGGAGGAAGCUCUGUGGCCUUGCCCACGGCCCGCGAGCUCUCAAUGCCAUCUGAAGUUGCUAGCAAGCUCUCUACGGUUGAGGCCAAGUCGCUGAUAUAAAGAGGCUUUUGUACUCCAAGUUUUGCGUUGGAUUUUCAGUGUGGUAAAGACAUCUAUAUGACGAGCAGCAGGAAACAUUACUUCCUCAUCACGCAAUUCAAAAGAGUCACAGGUGAAUUUUGCAUUUGGUAUUGUAAGAGCUUCUCAAUUAACAAUGGCAGAUGCCACCCAGAGUUUCCUCAAAAAAAAAAAAAAAAAGAAAACAUUAGAAAAAGGCUCCAUUACCACACAUUCAUUGUUUCCCAACAAAUUUCCAGCCAGCUUUGAGGAGGCUUUUUAAGAACGCACACUUUGAGUUACAAAUAACGUCUAGUGCGGAAGGAAUACCUACAAUGUUUGCUAAUGACUGUGGCAGAAAGAGAACGUGUUUUUGAAACUGGGGCACGCAGGAGCCCCAGGUUCUCUUCCUGUUUCUCGAUGGACUGGCCGGGGAACAGGAGGUCAUCUCAUCUCCACUUUGCUGAGUGCCAGAAGUCUCUAUGCAAAAUGCCUCAUCUCUACGCUACAUACCUGAGAUGAGAGUGCAUUCCCGAUAGAGGAAAACUGGUAAAACAGUUUGUACGGUGAAAAUAUAGUGAUAAAUGUGUGCAAGGAAUCCAUGAAUACUUUCUCAUGAAUUGCAGAGGGCUCCGUUUUCAUGGCCGUAGAAGUUGACCGUAGAAGAGUCACGGUGCAUUCAGAUACAUGGUGCCAGUUACACCCGUGCAUUUUACAAACCUCUGUGCCUCUCACUGGGUGCAAAAAAGGAGGAGAGAGUUGCAUAUGGAAUCAACUGAAGUGCUCCCAGGUAGCCUGAUACCAACUGUUUCAAAGUUUAGACUUCAUAGCUGAUUUAGGGUCAGAAGCAGAAAUGAUGCCUUUGGCUUCUUGGGAUGGCCAUGGAUGAUGAAUCUUAUGCCGUCCAAACUCUCAAAUGUUCCAGAAGCCAUUCUCCAGGUAAUUAAAAAAGACCCAAGUUUGUUUCAGUAGAAGUGGGUCAGUGUUUCAAUGGGAAGCCUCUGUCAACCUCGGUGUCCAACGAGAAAGUGCCAUUUGGUUCAUUGGAUUUUCCUUUUAAAUCCAGUUUUCCAGAGCACUUUUUUCAGUUUGAAUGCUCUUUGGAGCCUAGUAACACGUUUAUUGAGCACCUGCUUUGGGCCAGACCAGGAGCUCAGUUCUGGGGGGAUAUGAACUUUAAAGAAGUUACGGAUGGAUGGAUGGAUGGAUAUCUUAUUUUCAAAGAUAUCCUAGUUCGGCAGAGGUAAAAUAAAUUAAUCUCAUGCCCUGUCUUGGGCACUAGUAGGGAUUUUAAUACUUGUACCUAGAAAGAUCAAGGCAGAUCUUUGUCAUGAUGGCCGAUUUGAACUGAGUUGGGUUUUGAAAGAUGGUAGAAGUUGAGAAGGCUGAAAAGUAGAAGAAAGGCAUUGCAAGAUGAACAGUGGUGAAAGGAAACACACAGCGAAUGUUAGGAGCCCCUGUGUGGGUGUGGGGUUGGGUCGGUCUGGGAAGGUGCAGGAGGGCGGGAGCACCAACAGUGCAGAGUUUGGACCUUUUCCUGUCAGACACGGUGAUGGUCAUGUUUGCUCUUAGAAAAGAGAGGAAUCUUAGGAGGAGAAGAAACUUGGAAACAGAAUGCCUGUCAGGAACAUUUUGCAGUGGAAGCUGAUGCAUGCAACCACAGGACCUGAACCAGAGCUGUGGCCAUGGAGUAGUGGAUGGGUCACAGAGGAAGUGCCGUUCACAAGGUUGACCCAACAGGGCUUUCCACUCAUUGACCACAUAGAGCGAAAGAGAGAAAGGAAUCAAGGAGGAAUUGAUCUAAUUUUGUUGACUGGGUGGAUGGUGAUGCCAUUUGCAGAAAACCACAGUGAGACAAAUGUUUUUGUCCCCCAAAUAUAGGGCCUGGCGAACUGCAAGUCUUAACAGAUUUAGGUUAGACUUGCCUGAAUCCCCUUAUAGAGAGAGAGAGAACAUGAAGGUUCAUGUAAAAUCAGGCCAUUGUGAGACCCUUUCAAUGAACUUCAAUAGGAUGGGACAUGAACUCCAAAAAGAGAAGUUGGUCUUUUUAUUUAUUUAUUUAUUGCUGUUUUUGUCAUUUUGAAGACUAAUUUUUUUGUUUUGUUUUGUUUUCUCAUCUAUUCCCUGAUCAUAUUUCAAGGUUUUGUUUUUACUCAUCAGAAUGACAGGAAGUUUUCAAAGUGUGUUUCCUUCAAGUUUGGCCUCAACCUUAUUUUCAGGAUUAGGCGUUUGUUUUUCCAUUUGCCUCCAUGACAACCAAGCCCAGAAUUCCUAUAUAUAGUCAUCCAGCGCCCAUUGUCCCCCUGGCCAUUGUAGCAUAAUCUUGUGCAUCCAGGCCAGAGAGCUUCACUGAUGAUGGAAGAUGAGGAGGUGCUGGAGUCCUUGGCCUGGAGAUUUUCAAGGCAUAAUCAAAAGAAGGAAAUAAAGUAGUGUGCCUGCCUCUAGAGAUUUAUGUUCCCCUGUAGACACUAUCCAGAAGUUUUUGGAAUGGCCCAUAGAUGGAGAACAUUUUUGAGACUCUUCAAAGGAAAUGCUUGGAAAGUUGAAUCAAUGAUUUGUAGUUGGUGGUAUUCUUCUGGAUGCCAAGUUCUGCUCUGUGUUAAUAGCAUGAAGUAAACAACAGGUAUCUUGAGAAACAGAGGGAGAUACGUUGAGUUUCAAAGGGAUUUAGAUAGAACCUAAGAAAAAUUAUUAAAUAAAUAAACUUUUUGAGUCUGAGAAUCAUCUUGACAGCAUAUUGUUUUUGUAACUUAAAAUGGUAGGUGAUGGAUGGAUGGAUGGAUAGACAGACAAGCAGGAAGGCCUGAAUUUAAGAAAGUUGUCCACAAAUUCAAUCUAGCAACAUUUUCAUAAGUACCUUUUUUCAUAAGUACCUUUCUUUAUGAAAGGACCGUGAGUCUCUGUGGCUAUAAAAGCAUGUGAGGUACUAUUCCUGCCAAUCUAAAAUGUAAGCUCCACAAGGAUUCUUGGUUUUUUUGCACUGAUGUAUCCCAAGUGCUUAGGGGUGCCUGGCACGUAGAGGCCUCUCAAUAAAUAUUUUCUGAAUUAAUAGAAAAUUCGGAGCAAAUAUAUAGACUGACAUAGUAGAAACCCUCUUAUUUGAUGUGAUCAAUACUCACCUUCUCAGUUGUAGUUGAAAGUUUCUAAAUGCAGAGAAUCCUUUUUAAAAUGUCUUAAGCAUUUUAUUUUCACCUACAAAAUAGAUUCAUUCACCAGUAUUGGGAUGUAGGGUCCAGUGUAUGUAUUGGAGUCCUUUGACUGAAGUUCCCCAUUUCUUCUCUUGCAUAAACCACGGGCACGUACGUUGUAUCAUGUGUUACUUCCAGAUUCAGCUUUUUUUAAGUGGAGUGGUAAUUUAGACAUUUGUGGAACAGUCGUAGAGCAGAGUCCUUCUAGAUUUUUAUGUUCUCAAUCUUUUAUAGUUGGUCUUGCCAAAACAUAAUUUGUUGGAAUUUUUUUUUAGCAACUUGACUUUAUCAAGUCUUUCCAAAGCAUUCAAUGUAGCUUUCAUAGAAAUGACACUUUAUGCCCAUAUUCCAUCAUUUUAGGUCAUCUUAAUGACAUCAAACAAGCUCAUUGGCAAAUAUAACAGGUACAAAGAAGUCUGGGAGCGAAUCCAGUGGAUUGUUGUUAGCAUCAGCUCAACUGUUGGAAGCAGAGAUGGUUGGGCCCGCUGGAGGGUGACCCCCAGCACCAGCCCAGACACUGCUGCCUUCGGUCUUCUUGGGUCAGGAUGUUUUAAGGUCAGAGGCAUCGAUCUGGCCAAAUGUGAUGGUGGAGGUUGCUUAGGGGAACCUGUGAGUGUAAUGUGAGGUGUAAUGAGAUCCGGGUGAGAAUCCCGAUGUGUCUGUGCUGACGAAGCACCGAGGAGAUCAGCGUCCUAUCUGGAUUGUUGGGAAAAGUCAUCACAGUGUAGAUGACAUUUCAGCUGAGCUCUGAAGGAUGGGUAGAUAUUUGCCAGGCAAAAAGAGGAAGAAGAGAGCUCAGUAGCCCUGGUCAAGGACUCCCAAUGAUGAAAUAGGCAGAAUGUGCUUCUGGGAAUUGGGAACGAGCUAGAAGUGAGGCUGAACGCAUGCUCUGGGGCCAGACUGAAGAGCUCUGUGUACUGCACUCAGGAAUCAAGACCUCACCUUUGGGCACCGCAGCAUAAUCCUAUCAUGACCAUGUAAGUGAUCACAUGUCUGUGAUGUGCAUGCCGGCUAGACUAGAACAGAUCUCUGAGAAAGGAAGACCAGAUAGGAGGCUGUUCAAGCUGCCCAUGCAGGAUAUGAGGGCCUGAAUGAACAACGGGAAGGGAAAGCCCAGAGAGGGAGGUGGUUGGAGCUGAGCGUGACACUGGUCUCUAGGACGGGGUAGGGGCUCAAGCACUGCUGCCAAGGACAGUUGGGAGGAAGAAUCUCACAGCUGAAACUGGAACGAAGCAGCGAGCCAUUCACUAGCAUUCAGACACGUGGGCAAAGGAGCAAAAGGGCAAAAGGAGAAGUGUGGGCAAAGAGGAGGUCAGGCUUCAGCGCCUCAGGUUUAAGGAGUCCGACAUUUUAGAGAGCUUAAUCAUCUCAGAGCUCACUGGGUUUCUCAUGGCGGCAGGAUUCUCUCGUCCCCACAGAUACCUGGGUCACUAGCACAGACGUGAAGACACGUAGACUAUUUUUGUCCUUUGCCCACGCUUAUUAGCAGUUGUGUGCUAGAGGUUGCAUGGCAUUCCAGAAGUUUCCCAGCUAUUGACUAAAGUAGAUCUUUAAGUGCUCUCUUGAUAUUGUUAAUGUGCCCUUCUCCAGUUUUCUAUGAUUUCUUGACGGGAAAUAAUGGGCUGUAUUUACAGCAUUUCGGGGGUCCCACCCUCACCACCCCCCAUACUUUGGAUAUUUACAGUUGUUGCGGUUAAAUUAUCCACAGGUAAUAUUCUGUUUCUGGUUCCUUCUGCUACCAAACUUGAGUUGCUAAAUCACCCGCUUUUCUAAAGAAAACUACAAUUUAGGCAUUAUUUUGAACUUUCUAUGCUAUUUUAGAAGAUUUUAAAUUCUCCCUAAUGCAGUCUACCCCACUUUCUGGUAUACAUAUUUUUCUGUUCACACUCAUCCUCCGAUCUUCAUUCCUUUUCCCUGUUGGAAUUAGGUGACUUUUUCUCAUUGUGAUAAGAAUGGAGUUAUUUCAUUUCUAUUUACGACUUAAGGUGGAAGUGUGGUGAAUUGAACGUUCCAGCAUCUUCGUGUCUAGUGUUGACUUCAUUAAUGAACACACUAAUGCUAGUUAUUAGUGGGCACUCAAGUUUCUCUUGACGUUCUCCUCCGUCUCUCUUCUUCCAACAUUUCCUCAGUCACCACGUACUGAUUUUGCUUCUUCUCCACUAGCUCUUUAGGGAUGCCUCUAUCAGGACGUUUAUUUCUUUGCAUUUAUCACAAUCAGUUAUUUACGUGUCCAUCUGAGACAGCUGCUUGAGGACAGGAACCAAAUCCUAUGCCCCAGAACUGACUCUCCUGUUGACUUAGAUACUCAGUAAAUAUUUGCUGAACAAAUGGAUAUAACUGAAGCAUUUGCCCUCCUGGGCACCCCUGAUUUGCUUCCCUAAGAUCCUUUGUCUUUUAUUUUCUCCUGGUACUUGGUUCGCGCCGACCAAAGAGCCUGCCUCCCCAAGUCUGCAUGAACAUCUAGCUCAAAUAGAAUUAAGUGUGGUUGUUGGUGCCAAGAUCCUUCUGCUACGUUUGUACCUUCACUCACAUCCUCUCUGUGGAGCUGUAGAAAAUUGAGAAUUGAUCUUCCUGUACAGCUCCCUUUUUGGAUCACUCAGUGCAUAAGGGGGCUGUCCUCUGCAGCGCCCACAAUUUACUGCCCAAUUGAUUCUUACUCUUCCUGUAUCUCCCUUAAUCCUCCAAUAGUUAAAUUCUCCUGCUACUGUUCAUUUGUUCUCCUUGCCUCUUGUAUUCCUUCAAUCAGUGGAGUAAGUUUGCCAGACGUGGAGAAGGCCUGUGUUGUCACAACAGCUCUGCUCGCCCCCCUGCUAGACCCCAGCUCUGAGAACGUACCCCUGGUGUCUUCUUGGACUUUCACUCCCUAGAGCCCGCACAUAGCCUGGCACUAAGAGGGUGUUAACUACAUGUUUGUAGCCUCAGAAUAUUCAAGAACACUUCAUUCUAUCAUGCUUAUUGUGUUCCCAGAGUUCACUUGUUUGUCAUUUGCCUUUAUAAAAUCCAGUUUCUUGUGAUUGUUUCUGUGCUGGCUAAUUUUUAGAGAAAGAAGAAGGAAAAAAACCCCUAGAACUGAUAGUCACCUGGGUUUGGCUGGCAUUCUGGGAGAUGGACUAUAGCAAGAAGAACUCCUCUGGGAACAUGGCUAAGUGAGAGGCCUGGGAGGUUUCACCCGGAACCCAGCCCUUUCCCUGGUUUGAACACCUGUCCAAGAGCCACCGGAAAGCAUCCGCCUCCCGUCCGUGUACCUUUCUUUUCCCAGCCAGAUUCCACCCGAGGAAUUUCAGAGCAGUAUUACUUGAGGGCAGUUUAUCAGGCGUCUAUGAAAGCACGGGCCGGCGGGUUUCCGAUGCUGGGCAUCUGCUGUGUUCUCCUGCACAGCCUGCUUGUGGACUUGUCUCCUAUGUGAUCCCGUGUUUUCAUUUUUAUAAAGCAUCUUGCAAUUUUGGAUAUUCUUUUUCUUUCCCACGAACCUUGCUGUAUUUUUCCCCCACGUGUUCUGAAAGGCUUAUUUUAGUGUUUUCUUUCACAUCCCGUUCACUGUUACUCCCUAUCUGUCCUGUUUCCAUUUCUAUCUAUUCUAAUGUUAUUUCAAUUUUUCUGUCACCUUUUCUCUCUCCUCUCUGCUAAAUAUUUAUUGUUGAUGGACAAUAGAUACCUGAUGGGCAAAAUUCAGAUUUUAGAGUCAGACGAAUCUUUGUUCAAACCCAACCUCUGCCUCUUACUAUCCGUAUGACCAACUGCCUCAACUACCUCAUGGGUAAGAUUGUGAUGAGAACCUACACGGCACACCAUAGUUGUGAGAAUUAAUUGCUGGCAGUUCAAUAAAUUCCAAACCCAUUUCUAUAAGCACCAUGACCGUCCAUGCUAAAAUUCUAUUUUGAUCCUGAUUUUACAAAAUAUAAUUAUUUUUAUAGACCGUUGACGAAGUGGAUAGCUACCCGUGACUUAGAUUUAUCUUACAACUAUAACUGUACCUGAUAACGUAAUUUCUAAAACUUUGCACGUGAAUAUAGUCACAGGUCAGAGAAUUAAACCUCUAGACAGCAGGCAUGUCUCAGGGUUGGGUUAGGAACGUAGGGACCAGCCUGGUCUCUGCUCAUGGUUCCUCUUUAAGGAUUACUGGCCAUCCAGGUGAUAAAGAUGUGACCUGGGUGAGCACCUCGGGUUCAGUUUCUCCCCUGAAUUCACACCCCUGUGCUUCCGCUGCUGUAUUUCUCAGUGACCGCAAGCCCGGCUGUUGAAAGCACAGAGUUUUUUUCACUUUCUGUAAGCUCGGAAUGAAGAAAAUAGCCUUAAUGAUGAUUUUUAACCUCCGUGCGUGUCCUUCACCACUAACAAUCUGUUUGCCUUUCUAACCUGGGCACAAAAACGACCCUCUUCCUGUUCCUCAGGCUGUGCCUCGUGAACAAGCUAGAAUGUUCUGUAGCUUAGCAAGUGGGCUUUUUUAAGAUCGGUGGAAUCAUACACGCUCACGUCUUUGUCACUUUAGUGCCCAAAGUGCUAAAAUUGUACAUUAUUCACAAACUCCCAAGUGAGAGAGAAUGAGAGACAUAGUGUGUCUUGGCACCAGAGAAAAAAGUAAAGCUCUAAGAAGACCCAAACAGUUGUGAGCUGGGCAUUAUUACCAAUGUACCGUAAGCGGUGGGAUUUGCCCAUUUUCGUAAAUAAACCUGUCCAUCGGAUUUUAACCAGGAAAAAAAAAGGGGGGGAAUUCAUAACACGGUACAUACAGCUGUCCCUUUUGCAUUGCCAUUUACGAGGGAAGGGCGCUGAGCCUCUCUUUCUUGGAAGGCUUUCCCUCACCACUUCUUGCAUUUCUGUUUCUUCAAGUUUCAUGUAACAUAUAUAUACCGAAGUUAAAAUUUAGAAUUCGUUUUUUGGGAUGGAUGGAAUGAAAUGCAAUAGACCCUAGAGAUAAGAAAAAUGUGUUAAAUCAAAGGAGACUCCCUUCCCUUGGAGGGAGUCUCCCUAAGAGAUUAGUGCAGGUGUGAAGUUGGGGUGGGUGGAAGUUAGGGGAAGAUGAAUUCACCUGGCUUAUGAUCUGAGUCGGAACAACGGAAUUCUUUGCAGGUUUUGCUGUAAAGGGGUCGAAGCUGUCGGGGGCCUGUGUCUGAGGUGACAGCCAGCCUCCAUGCUAGCCUGCAGGACUCGCUGACUUGGGUGCUGGGUCUUGGAGGGAGCUGCUUUCUGAGAAAUGGACUAUUCCUUGGGAUGUUCAUUUUGGUCUCUGGGUAGAUUUGUGGGCGGCCGAGAGCUCACAGGCAGCGGGACCCCGUCUUGGCCUUGUUGGUCCCAGGAUUUCGAUCCUGUAGAGUGAAGAGCGAACAAGAGGACAGGGGCUUGUCAGGGUGCUGAUGGGGCAGUGCCCGACCCGCCGCUCAGGCCCAUGUUAACAAGAGAGGCGGAGUGUGUUUUGUGCUUCCUCGUGUGUGUGUUUUAAGCAGAAACUAGUCUUGAGAGCUUAAACAGAAAACAUCUUGAACAAUCCAUGCAAUGGUAAACAAACCUGCUAUUGAAAGGAAGAAUGAGAAGUUGACAAUUGCAUUAUUGUGAUCCUGAGUGGGUUCAUCAGCUAGGAUUGAGGAAUAAAGAAACCAGAGAUAAAAGACUUGAGUAAAAUGAAUUCGGUUGUGUCAUUCCUUUCUUCCUUUGUCUUCAGUUUACACCUGGUAAUGAACUCAUGGAGGCUUGGAGGUAUUGUUCAAGUUUCCUUUUCUUUUAUUUUUGUGUGUGUGGCAGGUUUGUUUACAAUUUCCAAAGGGGUUUUUUCUCCAUCUUGAGGAAUACAAAUUGAAGAGGGGGAGGAGGAGAACAAGAAGGGAAGGUAUUUUAGUAUUUUGAAGACAGGAGGUGGCCUCACAAUAAGGGAGGC